AUGAUAAAGAAAAUUAUACAAUUGAUAUUGGUUGCAACCACAUGUGUGAUGUUUGAGGCGUUUAUUGCACACACAGUCGCCACGACCGGGUUUGAGAUCACCAUAACACAGGAGAAGAUCUACGAAAGACUGGAAGGAUUUAAACUGGUUGGACACGUCACUGAGACCUUUUUUGCUGAUGAAUUUGAAUGUGGACUUCGUUGUCUGACAACCGAAGGGUGUUUAUCAUGUAACAUUUUCUCUGACGGAAAAUGUCAGCUCAGCAACCUUACGUGGCAGUCGAGUCCAAAUAACCUAAAGGGUACUGUGAGCUCAACGUAUUACGGCAAAGAUAUACGAGGUUGGUUUUCGUCAAGACCUGCUAUUUCAUGCAAACACAUUGUGGACGCUGAAGACUCAAAAGGAAAAGGAGAAUAUUGGAUCGAUCCCGAAAAUGAUGGAAAUCCACUAAAAGUCCUUUGUGACAUAUCAGAUGACGGCUAUUUAAUCGGUUGGCAUCAUCAGCAUCCUGGCCAUUCUUGUAGGCACAUUUUAGAAUCUGGUGGCUCCGGAGGAAAAGGUGUUUACUGGAUUGAUCCCGAGAGAAAUGAACAGCCUUUACUUGUGUACUGCGAUAUGACUACUGAUGGUGGAGGUUGGCUUCUUGUUUCUAACUAUAUGAUUACCGGUUCAACUGCUGAAGAUGGAGUCAAACUUGAAGGAUCUUACCGUAAAAUAUCCGAAUAUUACACCGAGAGGAUGGCACUCACCUUGAAUGCCAUGAAAGAACUAAAAGAGUUCACGAAUUUCACUCAGUUGAGGUUCUAUUGCAGUAAACCUGGGGUUCGAACGCUUAACCUGGUCACAGCUCUCAACAGCACUGGUGAAGCUGUAGUCCAGUACUUCAGCGGUCAGACAAAUGUCCAACCUGAUGCCUGUGGUUCAUUCAUAAGAUUGGAUGAUGACAACUCCAAAUUAGCUCAGUCAUGCCACAGGUGGGGUAAAGGAAAUAAUGAUAUCUUCUAUGUUGGCAAAUGGGGGAGAGGAAGGUUCCAAACAAGAUUGAUUGACUUCCCUAUCUUUGAGUACAGUGCAUUACGUUGGUCUCUUUACCACCACUCAGGCAAGUUUGACUGCGACGACAAGGGCGGUGCAGCCAUACCUGGAAGUUUCUGGCAAGUCUUCGUUCGCUGA